CCCAAAAGUGCGUGCUCUCGAUCGAUACAGAGUGAGAGUGAGAUGUAUUCAGAAGGUGACCUUACGACCUAAUCACACGUUGAAAGACUUGUGCAAUUCGCGCUUUUUUGUCAGCCCUCGGUCCAAAUUCGAGGAUAAUCAGAUCGAAUUCGGAUUAAUUAAUAGCGAUAUUUUCUCUCAUUGCAGAUAAGAGAUGGCGUGUGCAGAACGAUGCAGAAAAUUAAUUUCCAUGCGCUACAUACUAGCGGUAUUGGGCUCGAUUGCGAUGGGAAUAAUUUACGGUCUGAAGGUAAAUCUAAGCGUGGCGAUCGUCGCCAUGGUCAACCACACGGCCGUCUCCGAAGGGGGCGACCACGAGGACGGCGAAGAUGGUCCCUUCGCCUGGGAUAGUACGAUUCAAGGUCUGCUCAAGAGCGCCUACUUCUGGGGGUACAUUGUGGCCCAGUUGCCGGCGGCUAGAAUAGCCGAGCUAUUCAGCGCCAAGUGGGUGAUGUUCUUUUCCGUCUUUAUUAAUGUGAUUUGUACGAUUCUGUCGCCGGCGGCCGCGAAGUGGCAUUACGGCGCGUUUCUCUUUAUGAGAAUCCUGGAAGGGGUCGGGGGUGGAGUUACGUUCCCGGGCAUGCAUGUGCUGUUGUCACGAUGGGCGCCACCUACCGAGAGAAGUGUGAUGAGCAGCAUUGUCUAUGCUGGAACCGCCCUUGGAACGGUUAUUUUUACUUUAGUCACUGGUUUAAUCUCAUCUGCGUUUGGAUGGGAGGCCAUUUUCUACAUUGAGGGAGGUUUCGCCGCAGUUUGGUUGUUGGUCUGGUUCAUACUGGCAUCCGACUCUCCAAAUCAGCACAAGUUUAUUACUCCAGAAGAGAGGCACCUUAUCACCUCAUCGUUAAAUGAAGGAGACGAUUCUGAGGAGAAGAAGAAGCCUGUGGUACCAUGGAAAUCAGUAUUCACAUCGCCUGCCUUUCUUGCGAUAUUAGUGGCGCAUACCUGCUGCAACUGGGGUUGGUACAUGGUCCUGAUAGAGCUCCCCCAUUACAUGAGCAUGAUUUUGAAGUACAAAAUUGCCGACAACGCUGUCAUAAGUUCGAUUCCAUACUUCACGAUGUGGAUUUUUAGUAUGAUUUUAAGCAAAACGCUAGAUGUCUUACGUGGGAAGCACAAGAUCACGACGACCACCGCUAGAAAGAUCUCAACACUGAUCUCAUCCAUCAUACCACUAGUCAGUUUUAUCACCAUUUGCUACAGCGGCGACGAUAGGACCUUAGUGACCGUUUUGAUGACCGUCGCCAUAACGGCAAUCGGAGGAAUGUUCAGCGGAUAUUUGUCCAAUCACAUAGACAUAGCGCCGAAUUUUGCCGGUACUUUGGUUGCAAUCACCAAUACCUGCGCCACAAUUCCUGGUAUUGUCGUACCCGUAUUUGUUGGAGAGCUCACACGAAAAAAUCCGACAAUUGAAUCAUGGCAAAUUGUAUUUUGGGUCACAGUCACUUUAUACGCCAUCGCAACGAUUGUUUAUGCCAUCUUCGGUUCGGGAGAAGAGCAAAAGUGGAAUAAGCCGAACAAUAAAGUGGACGAAACGCAACCACUUCGACAGCUAAAGCCUAGCCCUUAGGUAUAUACAUGAGCAAUUAUCUGAUAAGUUCAAAUUGAUUCACUCUAGGGAAGCGUAGUUCUGUGUCGAUGUCUUUGAGCUUUUUUCAGUCGCUCGAUAACACGACUGAACGAAGAAUAUCAAACUUUCUGAAAAGACUAAUUUAUGCCUAUACUUCAAUGUACCUACGUUAGAAUAAAUAACGUGCUGUUUGUUGCUGUGAAUCAUGUAAAAAUAAAUUAUCAAGCUGUGUUUA